GUUGUAAACUGAGGCUCAGGGCAGGGCAGCCCUCCAGCUGUUCUCUGGAAUUUCCCACACCUGGGCCAUUGAGCAAUGCUCCUUCCCGGGCAUCUUGGAUGAACUCUGAACACUUCAGCCAGUCAGUGUGUGGCCUUCCAAGUUGAGUGGCAGGACUUCAGCCACUUGAGCAUCCAGAGCAGCCGAGUCUCACGUGAGCACCAGUGCGGGCUGCUUCCUGCCUCCCGCAGACCUGGCCUUCAGGCUGUUCCCAAGCCAAUGAACCCCAUGAACCCCAUGAAACCUGCCCUGCCCCCCGCACCACACAGUGAUGGUCCAUUCGCAUAUGAGGCGGUGCCUUGGCAACAGAGUGCCACUCAGCCAGCAGGAUCACUGUCUGUGGUCACAACCGUGUGGGGAGUCGGCAACGCAGCACAGAGCCAGGUUUUGGGGAACCCCAUGGGCCCUGCAGGGAGCCCCCCCGGCAGCUCCGUGAUGCCCGGCAUGGCAGGCGGCAGCUCUGCCCUGAGCUCCCCACAGUGCCUCGGACAGCAGGCGUUCGGUGAGGGUGGUGCCAACAAGGGCUAUGUGCCGCAAGGGGUGUAUGGCCGCGGGGGCUACCCCGGGGGCCCUGGCUUCACUACCGGGUAUGCGGGCGGCCCAGGGGGGCCGGGGGGCCUGGGCCUCCCCUCACACUCAGCACGGCCAUCCACUGACUUCACUCAAGCAGCAGCAGCUGCUGCAGUGGCUGCUGCCGCCGCCACAGCCACCGCCACAGCCACGGCCACCGUGGCCGCCCUCCAGGAGAAGCAGAGCCAGGAGCUGAGCCAGUACGGAGCGAUGGGGGCUGGACAGUCUUUUAACAGCCAGUUCUUGCAGCACAGUGGUCCCCGAGGGCCCAGCGUGCCCAGCAGCAUGAACCCGGCCAGCGUGGGAGGGCUGAUGGGCCCCUCCAGCAUGAGCCCCAUGGGCAUGAACCCUACCCGGGCAGCGGGCAUGGCGCCCCUCUAUUCAGGGCAGCGCCUGCCCCAGCAAGGGUACCCAGGCCCCCCCCAGGCCCAGCCGCUGCCCCGACAGGGUGUCAAGAGAGCCUACUCGGGCGAGGUGUACCCUGGGCAGCAGUACCUGCCAGGAGGCCAGUAUACGCCUGGUGCCACCCAGUAUGCGCCUAGCCCCGGGCAGCCCCCUGCCCCAUCCUCCUACCCCGGGCACAGGCUGCCCCUGCAGCAGGGCACAAGCCCAUCCCUGUCCACCGCCAGCCCUGUGGGACCACACUUCAAGCCUGCAGAGCAGUUCAACGGGCAGGGUGCCAGCUUCAACGGAGGCAGCAUCAGCUACAGCCAGCCUGGCCUGAGCGGGCCCGCUCGUUCCAUCCCUGGCUACCCCAGCUCCCCACUGCCUGGGAGCCCCACGCCACCCAUGACCCCCGGCAGCAGCAUCCCCUACAUGUCUACCAGUCAGGAGGUCAAGUCUCCCUUCCUGCCUGACCUCAAACCCAGUGUGAGCAACUUGCACCCAUCGCCACCUGGCAGUGGCCCCUGUGACGAGCUGCGGCUGACCUUCCCCGUGCGGGACGGGGUGGUCCUGGAGCCCUUCCGCCUGCAGCACAACCUGGCGGUGAGCAACCAUGCUUUCCAGCUCCGAGACUCCGUCUACAAGACCCUGAUGCUGAGGCCUGACUUGGAGCUGCAGUUCAAGUGCUACCACCACGAGGACCGGCAGAUGAACACCAACUGGCCAGCCUCGGUGCAGGUCAGUGUCAACGCCACCCCACUCACCAUCGAGCGCGGCGACAACAAGACCUCCCACAAGCCCCUCUACCUGAAGCACGUGUGCCAGCCGGGCCGCAACACCAUCCAAAUCACCGUCACCGCCUGCUGCUGUUCUCACCUCUUCGUGCUGCAGCUGGUGCAUCGGCCAUCCGUCCGCUCCGUGCUGCAGGGCCUCCUCAAGAAGCGCCUCCUGCCCGCCGAGCACUGCAUCACCAAGAUAAAGCGGAACUUCAGCAGCGGAACCAUUCCUGGCACCCCAGGGCCCAACGGAGAGGAUGGGGUGGAGCAGACAGCCAUCAAGGUGGCCCUCAAGUGCCCCAUCACCUUCCGCAGGAUCCAGCUCCCUGCCCGGGGCCACGACUGUCGCCACAUACAGUGCUUUGACCUGGAGUCCUAUUUACAGCUUAACUGUGAGCGAGGGACCUGGAGGUGCCCCGUGUGCAACAAGACGGCGUUGCUGGAGGGCCUCGAGGUGGACCAGUACAUGCUGGGCAUCCUCAUUUACAUUCAGAACUCUGACUACGAGGAGAUCACCAUCGACCCCACGUGCAGCUGGAAGCCAGUGCCGGUGAAGCCUGACUUGCACGUCAAGGAAGAGCCGGAUGGGCCGGUGCUGAAGCGCUGCCGCACUGUGAGCCCUGCCCACAUGCUCAUGCCCAGCGUGAUGGAGAUGAUCGCCGCCCUGGGCCCGGGUGCCACACCCUUCACCCCCCUGCAGCCCCCCUCAGCCCCAGCCCCUGGCGACUACCCCAGCCAGGGUUCCAGCUUCCUGGGACCCGGGACCUUCCCCGAAUCCUUCCCAUCCACCACGCCCAGCACCCCAACCCUGACUGAGUUCACCCCAGGGCCACCGCCUGUCUCCUAUCAGUCCGACAUUCCCAGCAACCUCCUGACGCCAGAGAAGUCCGGCCCCUGCCUCCCAGGCCAGAUGGCACCAGCAGGUCACCUGGACCCAGCCCAUAACCCUGGGCCCCCGGGGCUGCACGCCCCUAACCUUGGAGGCCCCCCAGGGCCCCAGCUGCAUCAUCCAAACCCUCCCCCAACAUCCCGGCCAGCUCUGGGCCCAGUGAACUCGGGGCCUCUCAGCGAGCUGGCCUUCAGUGCUGCCACAGGCAUGAUGGGGCACCCUGUGUCUGGGGCAGGGGAGGCCCCGGAACCGACUCUGGACGUGGUGUGCGAGCCAGAACCAGUGCAUAAAAGACAGCUGCUUCCAGAACUGACCAACCCCGAUGAGCUGCUGUCCUACCUGGGCCCGCCCGACCUCCCCACAAACAGCAACGAUGACCUGCUUUCUCUCUUCGAGAACAACUGAUCCUAUCUGUCAACCACCUGGCUGGCAGGGACGUGCCCACCGCUGUCUCGCACCCUUCUUUCCAGCCCAGCCCCACCUGACACCAGCGGCCCUCCCCACGUGUACACCUGGAGCUGGGACCCGCCUCCGACACCUGGCUGCCGGAGGCUGCACCGCACUGGCUGGGAAGGGAGCCCUGGGGCAGGGUUCUCACUGGCCCAGUUUGCAGCUGCAGAACUGUUUUUGAGGAGAUGCCCAGCCCUGCCCCCAUCUGUGCCAGCCCAUGCUUGUCCAGCCCUGCCUGGUUCAUGCAUACCCACCACCCCUGAACUCCAGCCUCACCCAGGCCCCCCACCCCGCCUGCUCCCACCAGCCUGCAUCUUGUCCAGCGUUGACCUUUCUGUUUCAAUGACCCGUUUGGCCCUAGGCCAGCAAGGAGUGGGUUACUCUGUCCUGGGGCCUGGUCUCGCCCAACUUGCUAUGGUAGGGGCUUCAGACUGAGGCUGGGGGUGGGGGGCUCUAAAGCACAACAGUGUACAUAGUGUAGAAACACUAAUAGAUGUAGGGUGGCUGAUUCCUCUGUGCAGGUUGGGUCUCCGUGGGCUCCUGUCCUCACCCAUGUGCAGGCCGGGACGGGUGGAGGGCAGCAGGCUCCCUCCUGCUGGCGUUUGGGCUCAGACUCGGCCCCAUGUGCAGAUUCUCCAGCAGCCUGUUCCCCCAAAGUUCCCCUUUUCUGUAAGAGUGAAGAAUUGGUCCCACAGUGUUUUUUAAGUCCACCUCUCCUCCCACGUCCACCCUGGGGCCACGCCAGGUGGGGGAGGAGGGGCCACCACACUCUAGGUGCAGGGCUGAGUCGUGUCCCCUGUCUGCCUGUCUCUAUUAAAGGACUCCCUCGUGGUGGGCCUGGCAAGUCCCUCCUUCCUGCUCCACCUGCUUACCACACAUGGGCGGGGCUCCCUGCUCAAGGCAAGGACCAGCUAUUUGCAACCCGUGGUAAAUUUCCUUGUCCCUGGAAUUUUCCAAGUUGGCUCUGUCUAGAGAGCUAUUUGUGAAGUGUCACCAGGGCUGGGAGACACAUCUGCCACCACGUCACCGUGUGGGCUUGCCUCAGGCGUGGAGCCAGCUAUGGGGCAAAGGGGCAGGGUCUGAGUGCCUGACCAGCUGCAUACUGGUUCAUCUGUGCAUUCAUUGCCCAAGUGGCCCCGUGGGCCUUCCAGUCCAGCAGAAAAGGCUUAUGAGCCCUGUCGGGGAGGGGGGGGGCACAGCCAGAGACCGGCCCCAGUGGAUGUGGGGCAGUGUCCAGGAUGGGGCGGCUCCAGGUUGCCCACUGACAUUUUGAAACCCCAGGUGUGGGCCUUCCUAUGCCUCUGCAGCCUUGUUUCUACCUGAGGGAACAGAAGUAGAGAAAGGCUACGGGAGGAACAGUGGCCCCAGGGUUGUAAGGGGCAGAGAGGCAAGCCCCAGGGUUUGCCCAGAAGCCCACCCCAAGGACAGGUAGGCAGCAGGGUCAGAGACAGGCCCAGCACAGCCCACCCCUAGGAGUGGGGGGCGGGGGGGCACGCUCCUACCUGUUCUGGGGGGCAUUAGGCACAGCUGGGAAUGUCCCAACUUGUGGUCUCGGUGGGCCUUUGCACCCUCGGCCUGUAACAUUCUGGAUGUUGGGUGGAGUGGGGAGAACAGGAGGUGGGGAUGAGCCAAGAUAGCUUCUAGCUACUCAAACUCCACCCGUGGGGGCAGGGAGUGGGUGUGAGGGGAAAUUGCACACCAUCAGGGCCCCCAGCUCCGAUGUCACUGCAGCAUCUUUUCAAACACAGCAGGAUGAAAUUAAGGUGUGGGAGUUGAUGAAAUGUGAUUGCAUUCCUGUAAAACAUGACACCAAAUAUAUACAUUUCAUGGAUUCACACACAUGAGGCAGUGAUGAAAGGAAGCAAGAUGGUCAACAUGUUGGCCACAGUGCUUCCUAUCAGAACAGCAUGGGUAUGUCCAGGGAGAGUAUCAAUGGUGUCCUCAUCCUCAAGGGGAGCGGUGGUUUCAUGAGCUUCACAUGCUUCAUAUAUUGUAUAUCCCAGUAAGUCCUUGAUGGCUCAGCAGGUAAAGAAUGUGCCUGCAAUGUUGAAGACAGGAGAUGUAGGUCCUAUUCCUAGGUCAGGAAGAUCCCCUGGAGGAGGAAAAUGGCAACCCGCUCCAGUCUAGCCUGGAGAAUCCCAUGGACAGAGGAACUUGGAGGGCUACAGUCCAAAGGGUCACAGAGUCAGACACAACUGAGUGACUAAGCACAAUGUACAUACCAAAUACACAACUUAAAAAGCCAACUAGGCCUAACAGAACUGUUCACCGGACAGCAGCAGAAUACAUGUUAUUUUUGAGUGCAUGUGGAACAUUCUCCAGGAGAGACCACGUGUUAGACUGUGAAACAAGUCUCAAUAAAAAAAGUUGAAAUCAUACAAAGAA